AUGCUUUUUCUUUUUUCUUUUUUUUUCUUUUUUUUAUUUUUUCCUUUCUUUUUUUUUUUUAAUUUCUCUUUUUUUCUUUCUUUUUUCUUUCUUUCUUUGGGUUUUUUUUCUUUUCCUUUCAUUAUCCAUUCUUUCUUUCGUUCUGUAUUUAACUUCUUUUUUCUCUCCUUUCUAUCUUUUUUUUUUCGUUCUUUUCCAUCUCUUUCAAUUGGGCCUUUUCCUUUUCUUUUCUUUUUUUCUUUUUUUUUUUUUUCAUUUUUCUUUCUUUCUUUCUUUUUUUUUCUUUCUUUUUAUUUUUCUUUUUUUCUUCCAUCUUUUCUUUUUUUUCGUUCUGCAUAUUUGAGGAUUCUUUUUUCUUUUCUUUUUUUUUUCUCUUUUAAGUUUAAGUCUUUUGGAAAAUCUUUUUUUUAUAUCCGAAAUUUUUCCAUUUCUUUCUUUUCAAUAUGGGCCUUUUUCACCUUUCUGUUCAUUCUUUUUUCUUUCUUUUUUCUUUCUUUCUUUCUUUUCUUUUCUUUCUUUCUUUCUUUUCUUUUCCAUUCUUUUCUUCGUUCUGCUUCCCCAAUCUUUCUUCUUUCUUUUUUUCUCUUUCUUUUUUCUAUUUUUUUCAAUCUUUCUUUCUUUUAUUUUCUUUCUUUCUCUUUUUUUUUCUUUCUUUUUCUUUUUCCCUUUUUCUUUCUUUCAUCUUUUUUCUUUUUUUCUCAUUUUUUUUUAUCUCUUUUCAAUCUUUUUCUCUCCUUUUUCUUUUCUUUUUUUUUUUCUUUCUUUUUUCUUUUUCUUUUUUUUUUUCUUUCUUUUCUUUCUUUUUCUUUCUUUCUCUUCUUUCUAUCUUUCUUUCCUUUUUUUCCAUCUUUCUUUCUUUUCACUUUCUCUUCUUUUUUUCUUUCUUUCUUUUUUCUUUCUUUUUCUAUCUCUUUCUUCUUUUUCUUGCUAAUUGAAACCUUCUUUUUUUUUCUUUCUUUCUUUCUUUUUUUCUUUUUAUCCAUUCUUUUUUCUUUCUUUUUUUUUUCUUUCUUUCUUUUUUUUUCUUUCUUUUUUUCUUUUUCUUCUUUUCCAUCUUUUCUCUUAUUUUUUCUUUCUUUUUUCGUUCUUUUUCUUUUCAAUUUUUUCACAUUUUUUUUUUUUUCUUUUUUUCUUUCUUUUUUUUCUUUCUUUUUUCUUUCUUUUUUUUCUUUCUUUUUUUUUUCAUCUUUUUCUGCUUUUAUUUUUCUUUUUCUUUCCUUUUUUUUCUCUCUUUCAAUAUGGGCCUUUCACAUUUCACCUUUCUUUCUUCUUUCUUUUUUCUUUCUUUCUUUAGUUUCUUUCUUUUUUUCUUUUUUUUCUUUCUUUUUUUUCUUUUUUUUUUCUCUUUCUUUUUCUUUUUUCAUUUUCAUCUCUUUCUUUUUCGGUCUUCUUUCUUUUCUUUCUUUCUUUUUUCAUUUCUUUUUAUCUUUUCCUUUUUUUUUUCUUUCUUUUUUUCUCUUUCCUUCUAUUCUUUUCUUUUUUCUUUCUUUCUUUCUUUCUUUUCAAUUUUUCUCUUUUUUAUUUUUUUUCAUUCUUCUUUCUUUUUUUUUCUUACAAGGUCAAUUCUUCGUUUUUUUUUCUUUCCUCUCUCUUUCUCUUUUCUUUCUUCUCUUUUCUCUCUCUUUCAAUAUCUUUUUCUCUUUUUUCUUUCUUGAUUUUUUCCUUUUUCUUCUUUUUCAAUAUGGGCCUUUCUUUCUCUUCUUUUUUUUCUUUCUUUUCUUUCUUUUUUUUUUCUUUUUUUCUUUUUUUUUCAUUUUCCAUUUUUUUUUCUUUCUUUAUUUCUCAUUCUUUUUUUUUUUUUUCUAUCUUUUAUUCCAUCUCUUUUUUCGUUCUUCUUUUUUUUUCUUUCAAUCUUUUUUUCUUCUUUCUUUUCUUUCUUUCUUUCUUUUUUUUUUUUUUUUUAAUUUCUUCUUUUUCCAUCUCUUUCAAUAUGGGCCUUUCAUUUUCUUUCUCUUCUUUUUUUCUUUCUUUCUUUUCUUUUUUUUCUUUCUUUCUUUUUCUUUUUUCUUUUUCUCAUUCUUUAUCCAUCUUCUUUCUUUCUUUAUUUCCUUUUUCUUUUCUUUUUUAAUCGUUCUUUUUUUUCCUUUUCUUUCCAUCUCUUUUUCACUUUAUCUUUUGGGCCUUUUUCAAUCUUUUUUUUUCCUUUUUUUUCUCUUCCAUUUUUCUUUCUUUCUUUCUUUCUUUCUUUCUUUUUUUUUUUUUCUUUCUUUUCCUUUCUUUCCUUUCAUCCCUUCUUCUUUUUUCUUUCUUUUUUUCUUUCCUUUUCUUUUCUUUCAUUUUUUUUCAUCUUUUUCUUUCCAUUUUCUUUCUUUUCUGCUAUUGACCCCAAUCUUUUUUUUUUUCUUUUCUUUUUCUUUUUUUCUUCUUUUUUUCUUUUUCUUUUCAAUUUUCUUUCUUUCUUCCCUUUUUCUUUCUUUCUUUCUUUUCUUUCUCUCCUUUUUUUUACAAUUUACUUCAUCCCUUUUUUCUUUCUUUCUAAUUCAUUUUUUAGUUUUUUAA